GUAAGAAGGUUCAGUUUCGGAAACCAGCCCCAGGGGCUACGGAUGCCGUGCCCUCCCGGAAGCGGGCAACCCCUAUCAACCUGGCAAGUGCCAUCAGGAAAAGCGGCACUGGUGGUGUGAGUGGGGGCAGUGGGGUGUCUCAGAGGCCCUUCCGGGACCGAGUACUGCACCUCCUGGCGCUGAGACCCUACCGGAAGGCCGAGCUGCUCCUGCGGCUGCAGAAGGAUGGCCUGGUGCAGGCAGACAAGGACACUCUGGACGGCCUCCUCCAGCAGGUGGCCAACGUGAGUGUCAAGGAUGGCACGUGCACGCUGAGGGACUGCAUGUACAAGGAUGUGCAGAGGGACUGGCCUGGCUACUCGGAAGGGGACCAGCAGCUGUUGAAGCGUGUGCUUGUCCGGAAGCUGUGCCAGCCGCAGAGCACGGGCAGCCUCCUCGGCAACCCUGCUGCCUCCAGCCCUCCCAGAGAGCAUGGGAGCUCCACCUCGCCCCCCCAGAAACGGCCACAGCCUCCUGAUUUCAUCGACCCCCUGGCCCACAAGAAGCCCAGAGUAUCACACUUCACCCAGAGAGCCCAACCUGCCAUCAACGGGAAGCUGAGCACGCCCAAUGGCCGUGAGGCCCUGCUGCCCACACCGGGCCCGCUGGGGGCUGUGGACACCAUCGGCUCCAGUACCCACCUGCCCCUGAGGCUGGAGCCCCCACGGGCCCAUGACCCCCUGACGGACGUCAGCAAUGACCUGGGCCACAGCCGGGACUAUGAGCACGGGGAGGCGGCCACCCCAGCCCCUGCCACGUGCCUGGGUCUGCCCCUCCUGUCAGACUGUGCCCAACCCAGCAGGCCCCAUGGCGGCAAGUCCAAGAAAAAGUCUAAGAAGCACAAAGACAAGGAGCGGGCAGCUGAGGACAGGCAAUGGGCCCGGCCGUCAGACAGUGCACCCACCACCCAGGGAACCCCGCCAGACGCCCCAGGUUUGAAUGGCACCUGCAGCAGCUCCACCGUUCCCACGUCCACGUCAGAGACGCCUGACUACUUGCUAAAAUAUGCAGCCAUCUCGUCCUCGGAGCAACGCCAGAGCUACAAGAAUGACUUCAAUGCCGAGUACAGCGAGUACCGCGACCUGCAUGCCCGCAUCGAGCGGGUCACGCGGCGGUUCACGCAGCUUGAUGCCCAGCUCAAGCAGCUCUCCCAGGGCUCCACGGAGUACGAGACUACCCGUGGGCAGAUUUUGCAGGAAUAUCGAAAAAUUAAAAAGACCAACACCAACUACGGCCAGGAGAAACAGCGCUGCGAGUACCUGCACAGCAAGCUGGCCCACAUCAAGAGGCGCAUCGCUGAGUAUGACCAGCACCAGCUGCGGGCCUGGCCCUAGCCCGCCCACCCGCCCGCCUCCAGGCGGCCUUCUGGAUGUCAGGGAGCUGCGGGUGGGAGUGCAGGACGGGGAGGAGGAGAUUUAUUUAACAGAAUAAACACGACGAAGACACUCAUCUGAGCCAGCACUGCCGGCUUUCAGGGGAGCCCCUGCAGACCUCUCGCCCAGUGGGGUAGGCUCAGCCCUCCUGCCACGCGGCCUCGAGCCCACCCCCGCCUCCCUGCACCUCCUGAACAGCCCCUGCCUGGGCUCCUGUGGAAGCCCACCUCCUCACCCGCUGCAGUCUGAGGGGCUUCAGCUUCCUCUCUUGCCGGAAGACUCCGAGCUGGCCUGCCCGUCUUUUCUAGUUUUAUACAAAGACAGCCACUUUUAGCUACCGCUAAUGAGACUUGAGUCUAUUUUUGUACAAAAGAGAAAGCAAAAUCCUUUUUCUAAACCUGUGCCUCCCUGUCCUUGGACGCCCAGGGUCUAGAUGCCGCCCUGUGUCCUUUCUGCAGUAUUACAGAUGCCAUCAGAAGGUACAGCGUUGUUCUUGAGAGCUCCUGGGGAGAAUCCGUGUUGGGGGUGGGGCGGGGGGAGGUGUCUGGACCCCCACCGCCCCCCCUUAACUGGGCAAGGUCUUCGUUAUGAAACAAAGGGGGUGGGCGGGGGCAGCCCCUCCAGCUUGUGUGUGGAGGAGUCCAGCUGGCCCCUGGAGCAGCUGCUUGGAGCAGGGGGACAGAAUGGCCCACUAGGCCUGCCCUGCUAUUUCAGGCCUUCAUCUGUCAGGGGCCACUAAGGGUGUUUCUGUGCUACAAGCUCAAAUUCUGCAGCAGCAGCAGCAGAUUUUACUUUACCAUGUCCUCAGUUUCUCCUUUUGCUGCUGCUUUUCAUUUCGCACAGUGGGGACCAUGUGGUCUCAGUGCUGCUGACCUCGCCCAUCCGUCAGUCCACUCGUGGGUCCCGGGGUUGUCCUAGCAGAGCCACCACCGGGUUUGCACUCAGGGAGGGGCCAGAGGGGCCAUGGGCAGAGCUGGGGGAGCCUGAGGAUGGCGCCCAGAUCUGCCCGCUCUGGGGGCGCACGCUCUGCAGACACCCCAAUUGCUGCUUUGUUGCUGUGCCUAGUCCCCUAGUGUCCCCCAAAGCAUCAGGAGGCCAUGCAUGUGGUGAGUGCGUGCGUGUGUGUGUGUACAUGGGGACCCACCAGGGUGUGGUGGGUCUGAGGUGCGUGUUCUCAUUCAGGGCCAAGCAAAGCCAUGAUUGGGAAGGCGGUGGGGGGUGGCUGUGAUCCAGAGCCAGGGGUCGCUGCUGCCAGCACUAGUGAGGCAGGGAGAGCAGAAACCCGCAAGUCAGAUAGGUCUAUUUUUCUAAACCAUGGGAGUGUCUCCUAAUGACUUCUAAAGACUGGCACCCGCAUGGAGACACCUACAGUGUGUCUCUGCCCCGCCCACCCCAAAGUCUCUUUACUUUGAGACCCCUGGGGUUCCCAGCUCUCUGAGGAAACUGCUCCUUCAUGUUUCAAUAGCUGUUUUGUUUUUCACUGGGCACGGGUGGGGGGCGGGCUGAGCAGGCUCUAGGGGGCAAGAGUUCUGCAGAGUCAGAGUCGCGGAUGGGAUGCAGCAGCCAGAGAUGCAGACUUGGGGUGAGAUGGGGUUAUUCAAGGAGGUCCCAGCCAGGGAGCCAGUUCAGGGGACUCUUGUUGAAUUAGCCUUUCUGUUGUUAUUUUUUGUUUUUUUCUCCUUUUAAGGAAUUAUGAAGCUAAGGCAAGUUUUGAGCUUCGGGGGUUGAUGGACAGAAGUUCUAGCUGAUUAAAUAUGGUCUAACUUAUUGAUACCGUUUUUUUGUUUUGUUUUGUUUUUCCUUUUAAUGUUGUACUGUGGAGAAAAACUAUUUUGAGCCAUGGAGUUGGUGUUUACAAGAACUUUUCACUUUUGCCAAAACGUUACAAUUGAAAGGCAUCAUGUCUUCAGUUUCCCAGUAUUUUCUUAAAAGAUCUAGUGUCCUUUUUGUACACUAAACAGGUGAAUGCUGAUUUUUUCAACCUACAAUAAAUUUCACUGAACUGAA